GUACAUCUCCUCACUAGCUCAUGGCUAAAGCGCUGGCAGUGGCACAAGGCUGCUGAACGCAACCCCUCUGUGCUGUACGUCGACGGAAGACCGUUUAGCGCGGACAGUUGUGCUCGGCGGCUAACCCGGAUCGACGCCGCACGUCUCCUUUGGCUGACUCGCCAUGUCCUAGUGCUCGUAUCCUGCCGCAGAGGACGCCAUCGGAGAGGAGCCGCACAGACCUGCAGAAGCACAGUGGAAGGAUGGUGUGACGCACAGACAGACAACCAGAGGGACCAGUCACUGCUCACCAUUCAGAGGCAGACCAUGGCUCCCAUGCCUCUCCUUUUCCUGGCCUUCCUCCUCUCCCUCCUCCAGCCAUUAGAGGCCCAGACCAUCAUUGGUUCUUCCUCCUUCCCCCAUCUUGACCUCCCUAUUAAUCCCUCACCUCAGCCAACCAAGCGGACUACUAGAUUCUGGCCGUCUUUGCCUCCCAGAGGGCGAAGUGAUGUGCCUAUCAGAGCUACAGUCCAGGAUAGACUGACAACAACGAAUACAGUGCAACAAGGGCAAAGGAUUCCCCGUCCUACUGCACAAUCCACUCCGUCUUUUAUAUCUGCCCUUUCUACGCAUAACCUCAGCAGCGGGCCAAUUUUAACUCAACCGACUGCUGCCAGGCCCAGGACUGACACAGCUAGUUUAGCAUUUAGCAGAGCUUUUGCAAAGGGAGAUGUCACGACAAAAGGCUCAACUCAACCUCUGCCCACUUUGCCCUCCUCUGUUGUCGCUGAGUCUGCAGGUGACAAGCCAGUGACAGCAGGAAGUCCAGAGGAGGGAUCAGUCAAAGAGACAGAUGACGAUGAUUUGCAAGGGUUGGGAUCAGGUCGUGCACCAACAGUGAUGCUUGUGAGGGAGGCAUCACCUGUUCCAACAGUUGGUGAUGAAAUGCCACAGUAUCAGCCACAGGCGCAAACGGCCAUAUCUGAAGUUUCUGAUGUAAAAACACCGCCACCGGACAGUCAAACCCUCAAGCCUCGCCUGUUUGUGCUUACAACAGCCAGUAAAAUCUCUACGACACCACUGGCAACGCAGGCGACACCUCAGACUGUAGCGUUGACAGGUGAACUGACAGCAAACGCCCCCUCCACCACCAGAAUUAAUCCAAAGGAGGACUCUGCAGCUGUGACAGCACCCCAAACCGCGACGACCACCACUGGUUUUGUCGAUAAGCAGUCACACACUGCACGACAGCCGGCCACUGCCCAAAGUGGUCCGCAGUCUAACACCUCAGCACAGCAAGUCACAGCCACAUCUCCAAAUAAUAUGCUUAGUACUACACAGGAGUCUGUGAGAACAUCUCCCAAAACGACAAAUCAACCCAACAAAACAGCACAACUUGGACAAAAUACAGCUAGCACAACUGUACAGUCAUCAAGGACAGGGACCUCUUCCUUCCUUGCAACUGGUGUUGUACCUGUCGCCCGAACAAGGUUUAGCCCCACAUAUCAGACUGGUAUCGGUCAGAGGAAUCGCUCCAUUCUCUUAGGACAUCCCCACCAAGCUCCCCGAUCUACUUCUAAUCCAGCCCCCACUCUCAGUGCCAGUCCCUCCCCUAAUGCCACACUUCUCUACUGGGGGGAUCUGAGCAGGACGCUGGCUUUCGCCUGGGAGCUGCAUGUCUACGGAUCAGCGAGCCUGUUCCUCCUCCUGUUCGCUGGUGCUGCUCUUGGGCUCACCCUGUCCCCGGGCACAAACUGUCCUCAUCGGGGUGCUCUUGCACUCGCCAACGCACUAUUGUUUCUGGCUGGAGGCCUUAGGGCAGCUCUUUUUCUAAUCGACCCCUAUGGCACUCGGAAAUUUCUCCCUCGCCCCGCAGUAACAGCCCUCUACAACUUGCCUCUACACCUGCUGGUGUGGACCGAGGCUGCCCUGGCACUGCUAGCAUUGAGGGUGGCAGGAGUAAGUUUGUUACCUUCCACUAUGGAGCAUCCUCCUCUGGUGGCUGUGUUGGCUGUGUUGCAGUGUACCCUGCUGCUGGCGGCCGAUCUGCUUUCCCCAGCUUUGUCCCCUGUGGUGCCUGUAACCCUGCAGGUCCUGUCCCUGUGCUGGGGUCUGGCUAUCUGUCUGGGCUUCCUCUGCUAUGUCUUUCCACGUAUACGCUGCCCUCCUAUUCCUCACCCUGGAGUCCCUGAAGAAGCUAGGAGGAAGACUUGGAAAGGGAGCAGGAGGAUAGGGGUGAUCCUGGGGAGAGUGCUGGCAGUGUGUGCAGUUCUGGGGGCUCUGUGCUGUGGGCUCCAUGUUCAUGCCACCUUAUGGCUUUAUGGACUCCUAGGAAACUGGACACGCUUCAACUGGGGAUGGUGGCUGGUGCACUUCUGGGCCCGGCUCUUAGAGCUGGCCUGGGGGUUCUCCCUCCUACUUCUGGGUUCCUGGGUGUUCUGGAGGCCUCAAGGAUGCCGGGGAAGGGAAGAGGGUGGACAAGAUGGCAGAGCAGCAGGAGACCUGCCCUCCCCUGGCCAAUCUGUAGGCUCUAGUCAAAGACAUACUUGCUGGUCCAAAAUAGUCCAGAGCCUAAGGGGGAAGCCAUGUAGAAAGUCUGACAGUAAUGGGGUGGGAGGAGGAGGAGGAGGCGGACCAGGGGAGAUGCCUAACAACUGGGCUGGCCAAGAGCGUCCUGGAGCUGACAUCAGCAAGAGUCUGAUCAGGAACCAGAAUCACGAGCAGGCCACAGCCCAGCCACGCUGUGUCAAAGACAGCAACCGAGGACGUAACCAUAGGGGCCACUCUGCAGAACGAGGCAUAUCUGAUGGCUCCACAGGCUCCCUGCUGAGACUGCAGGCGCUGGGCAGGCCUCCACAGCGCUCAGUGAGUGGCAGUCUGGAUCAGGAUAGGGACACCUGCUUGUCUCUUUAUGAGUUCGAUCUGCGGCCUCCAUCUCCCAUUGACCUGACCCGCAGCAUUGAUGAGGCUCUGCACAGGGAACACCUGCUCGGAGGAGGGAGCUUGUUUCAUCCUUUGAACCAAGCCUCACAGUCUCCCUCCCCGGGCUCAGGGGUCAGCCAGGGACCCUGGCUCCGCAGGAACAGUGACCCUCAGAUGUUGUCUGAGAGCAGUGAGGCUCCAACAGAGUCGUCCAUGCCACUGGGGGGCAGCGUUCUCAGCAGUGUGCCCAGCAGGCAGGUGACUGCUCCCCCCACCCCCUCCCACCAGGGUCACAGGUGGGCUGGGAACACGGUAGGAAGUGUCCCUUCAUCAGUGUCCUGCCCUGUUUCACUCCGUCCCUCCAGAACAUCAACAGGGCAUCUGGGGGAGGAUGGAGUGGACGACACACGGCCGUUUAUCACCCCUGACUCAGAGAGGGUGCGGGGGAGGGCAGGGAGGCCAGCGGGGUCACGGAGUUACCUGGAUGUUAGCAGACAUGAUGACUCUGCCAGUGUCAGCAGUGAAAUUAUUGAUCUAUAAACCAAACCUUGGGCAUAAGGACCAAAGACCACACUUCAAACACCACAUUGAACAAAGUGUUCCUAACCAAGACUUAAACAAAUAUUGAAAAUUUGGUCAUUGAACUGCCUAAAAAUGAAUUAUUUUUAUUUAGAAGAAAAAAAAAUUAAAAAAGAUUUAAAAGUGUCUCUGGGUGAUGACCUGAAAGGAUAUCACCUAGUUCCCUUUUACCUUGUUAAAGGGUACUGUGUUUGAUAUGGUACACCUUUUACUCUAAACUGGGAGAUAUAGCACAGAUAAACAACACAGCACAGUCAUAACUCUUUUCAUCUCUCUCUCACACACAUAUUCCCCUUUCUUUCCUGUCCUCCUGCAUAACACUGGUAUAACCUCGAGUACACUGGGCCCAUAAAUACAGAUAAGUUCUACAAAUGGCUCUUUAGCAGGUCCUUGCUUGUGAUUGGUAUGAAAUUUGUGAUGGUGAAUAAUUUCAUCCUCCCAUAACUUAUGAAAUCCAUAGAAUAGGUUUAGAUGAUCAACUCCCUGUCUGGGAACAGCACCAGAGACCCUCAAUAAGUUUGAAGGGUAAAAGAUAAAUGUGGCUUUAAUUGUCUGUAGGUCCCAUUUCCAUUGUUUCUGUGAAAAAACGUCUACAUAUCAACUAUUGUGAAUUUCACUGCUUUCAUAGAGUUUAUUUGCUAUCUUCCAUAUUUCAAUUUGCUUCGUGAUAUAAACAUGUGCCAUACAUAACCUUGGUUGGUUCUGUGCUAUUUUAAUGGUUCGAUAAACCAAUUAUUUGGGUUAACUCUGUAUAACGUCCUACCGGUAUCUUAGUGAGUCACCUACAGAUUACUAUUUCUAAGCUCUUAACAUGCUGCCGCUGUUGUCGCUGUCCACUCUGCCUUGUAUGUUAAUGUGAAGCUGGUUACAUAAAGACAGGCAGUAAACAACAGCCAGGACAUGCAGACGCAUGCUUACACGUGAAAGUGCUGCUGAGGCUUUUAGCUGUAGCUGAAAUCGUCAGACUCCAAAAUGAGAUUCAGGCAUUCCUGUGAGUUUAAUGCAUUUCAUCUCAUUAUUUUGCUGUAGGACAAAGCUUUUGCAAACAAUAAUUCUGUACAAUUUUAAGCCUCUGACUGCAUUUUUACAGAAUUUGACUAAGAAUAUUAUAACACAACCAUGAUCCUAUCAGUUGCAUUAAAACAAAUCAGACUGUGUGAUAUGUUAACCAAUUAAAAACUACAAGGCUUUGCAGGGCUGCACCCCACAUGACUAGCUUGGCAUGAACCUCAAAUCUCUUAUACUAGACCUAACUCAAUAACAGAGCACUUAACUGUAAGCCUGAGCACUAGACUGAAGUAUUUUACUACUCAAGAGGAAAAUAUCUUUCAAAUAUAUGAUGUACAAGCAACAAUGUAAAUAAUUUUAUUUUUGAUGUUCAUGAAUAAAGGUGUAUUUGAAACAUAGUUGUAGUUGUUACUGUGAAAGACAAUCUAAAAUGGUAUUGCUUAUGUGUCUGAGCUGUGCAGACAGUUGCUAUUGUGACAUCAGAUUGCGGUCUGUUUAGGACAUGCAGAGCUGUGACAGUUGAUACUUGACUGCAGAGGUUGUGUUAAGGACUUUCUGGGCUGUGCUCAGGAUUGUAAUGAUGCAAGUUUUGCAAAACGAAUAACUAAUGGCCAAGGUCUGCAGGAUUUUGAUUUCUUAGUAUUUUUUUUUUUUUACCAUUAACUGAUGACAAAGGUUUUGGAAAGAAACAGACAAAACACUUCACGUGGAACCAUAUUUAGUCUAUUAAUUAACUUGAAUCUGUUUGGUGAUCCUGAAAAUAGCCCAGUGGUUCUCUCCUGAGUCUUACAUUAGAAAGGUUUUGUUCCAAUGUGAGGUGUCCAAAUUCUUUUUAAACUGAGCCUUGUUCUCACAAAAAGGUUGCUGGAAUGAAUCUUGGGUUACUUUUGGGAAUACUUAAUGAUACAUUUCAAGAAGUGACAUUUUUUUUUAAAAGUGGAACAACAUCAUUUUGGAAUAAAACCUAAUUAAUGCCUCUGUUCCUGAUGAGAGCCGGUCCAAGACUUGUUUUCCGGUUACCUCGAGGUGACUUGCAGUACCUCCCAGUGAUGUGAGAUGCUUGACUUGUUUAGUAUUUGCAGUACAAUGGCCUUGUGUUGUUGUCUACAUUCCGAUGAACCCGUGAUUUCACUGUAUCAGUUCUCGCUGUUACCUCUUUCACUUCAUGACCAGGGUGGUCCAGCACCUGUAGUGUUGUCCCCCUCCACAAAGCAGUCCGUGCCAUAGAGAAAACAAUCAAUGUGCCCCCUCCAGUCUGUAGUCACAGUGCAGAAGUACAGUGUUAGAUUAAUUUCUCUGUUUUGCUCAUUGAACUUUUGUUCUUGUAUUUCUUGCUGCAUUUCAUGUCUGGAUUUAAAUAAAAGUGAGAAAA